CACCAAAUAAAACCCAAAACGAAGCUCUCCCCCUCUCUCCUCCCAUCUGAGAAACGCUCUCACCUCCCUUCUCUCUCCGUCUCUGUAAUCACGCCAUCGUAAGGACAGAGGGCCUCCGAAUCAGAUCUCGACCUCCGAUUUUAUCAGGCGUAAUACGCACAUAGGAGUAGUCUAGGGAGUAGGGAGGUCGCCAUGGCUGCUUCGGAAGAGAAUAGUGCGUUGUUCCCAAUUUUCAUUUUGACCAUAAUGGCACUGCCCCUAGUGCCUUAUACAAUUACGAAGUUAUGUCGUGCUGCAUCCAAGAAAACAAAGAGCAUCCACUGUCAGUGCUCUGAGUGCGCUCGGUCAGGAAAGUACCGCAAGUCAAUUUUUAAGCGGAUUUCAAACUUCUCAACAUGGAGUAACCUGACAUUAAUACUUCUCUGGGUUAUCAUGAUAGUCCUGGUUUAUUACAUCAAAAAUAUGAGCCGCGAGAUUCAAGUUUUCGAGCCAUUCAGUAUUCUUGGACUGGAACCUGGAGCUUCUGAUUCAGAAAUAAAGAAGGCAUAUAGGAGACUCUCCAUACAGUACCAUCCAGAUAAAAAUCCAGAUCCAGAGGCCCACAAUUACUUUGUGGAGUUCAUAUCAAAGGCUUAUCAGGCUCUGACGGAUCCAGUAUCUCGUGAGAAUUUUGAAAAAUAUGGCCAUCCAGAUGGCAGGCAGGGGUUUCAAAUGGGCAUAGCUCUUCCUCAAUUCCUGCUACACAUCGAUGGGGCAUCUGGUGGAAUACUCCUACUCUGGAUUGUUGGUAUUUGUAUUCUAUUGCCAUUGCUGAUAGCUGUCGUAUAUCUUUCAAGAUCGGCAAAAUAUACCGGCAACUAUGUCAUGCAUCACACAUUAUCCACUUACUAUUACCUCAUGAAGCCUUCUCUGGCUCCCAGCAAAGUAAUGGAUGUCUUCAUUAAGGCUGCUGAAUAUACGGAAAUUCCAGUUCGCAGAACUGACAAUGAACCCCUUCAGAAGCUUUUUAUGCUAGUCAGGAGUGAGUUGAAUCUGGACCUUAAGAAUAUCAAGCAAGAGCAGGCAAAGUUUUGGAAACAGCAUCCAGCCCUUGUAAAGACAGAAUUGUUGAUUCAAGCACAGUUAACUCGUGAGUCAGCAUCCUUAUCUCCAUCUUUGCAAGAUGAUUUUAGACGUGUUCUGGAACUUGCCCCUCGCCUCCUUGAAGAAUUGAUGAAGAUGGCAGUUAUGCCACGCAAUGCUCAGGGGCAGGGAUGGCUGAGGCCUGCUAUUGGUGUAGUUGAACUUUCUCAGUGUAUCAUUCAGGCUGUUCCUCUUAGUGCAAGGAAGGCAAUUGGAGGAUCCAGUGAAGGCAUUGCCCCCUUUCUGCAGCUGCCGCAUUUUAGUGAGGCGGUUGUAAAAAAGAUAGCCCGCAAGAAGCUGAGAGUGUUUCAGGAGCUUCAGGACAUGUCCGUGGAAGAUCGUGCUGAGGUACUUUCUCAAACAGCUGGAUUCUCAUCCGCUGAAGUCCAGGAUAUUGAAAUGGUAUUGCAGACUAUGCCUUCAAUAUCAUUUGAAGUUAAAUGUGAGACUGAAGGUGAAGAUGGUAUACAAGAGGGUGACAUUGUCACGGUUCAUGCUUGGGUCACACUAAAGCGUGCCAACGGACUGAUUGGUGCCCUUCCCCACGCCCCAUACUUCCCGUUUCACAAGGAAGAAAACUUCUGGUUUUUGCUUGCAGACAGCGUCUCCAAUAACGUUUGGUUUUGGCAGAAGGUAAAUUUCAUGGAUGAAGCUGCAGCCAUUACUGCUGCUUCCAAGGCAAUAGAGGACACAAUGGAGGGUUCGGGAGCAACUAUGAAAGAGACUAGUGCUGCUGUCAAAGAAGCAGUCGGGAAGGUGAAGAGUGGGUCUAGACUGAUAACAGGCAAGUUACCGGCCCCAGGGGAGGGGAAUUACAAUUUGACAUGCUACUGCCUGUGCGACUCUUGGAUUGGUUGUGAUAGAAAGACAAACUUGAAGAUGAAGAUUUUGAAGCGCACACGGGCUGGUACCCGGGGAGGUUUUGUGGCAGAAGAGGGACCAAUUACGGAGGAUGGCAUUGAAGAGGAGGAAGAGAAUGAAGAUGAGGAAUAUGAUGACGAUUAUGAGAGCGAGUACAGUGAAGAUGAGGCGGAUGAACAACACGACAAAAAAGAAGGCCCUGCUACAAACGGCACUGUCGAUAAACAAGGCUCCGGCUCAGAUGGUUCAGGUUCGGAGGACGACUAAAACAAACAAAACUUCACGUAGUUUUCUACUUGGUUUUAUUCGUUUAUCAUUUAUUUGGUGAGAGGAUUGAAAGAGCCACAGGUGAUAGUUACCCUAUUUUCCAUCUUUUAUUUAACAGAUAGUAAUUUUGAUACUACAAAACGUGGGUUCUAAACCAAUUUGACCCCUUUCAGUUAUUUAAAAUUAUAAACCUUUUAAA